CGUCAUCCUCAACGACUUGUUUUAAACAAGUGAAAAAUUCAACACGGUCUUGGACACCCGAGUUCCAAUUAUCAUCAUCAACACGAAAUCUCCAUCCAUUCCAUCUAGAAGCACUGUUAAGAAGCAGCCAGGAAAGAACUCUUCCCCAGUCAAAUUUCUUGAAACCAAUCUUUUUUUCACAGCAGAGCUAUAAAAAAGUUUGGCUAAUCUUCCAUUCAGAACAUCUGUUCUGACCAUCCUCUGAGAUUUAGUUCUUCCUCUUUUAUCAAUCUGAGAUUUGGUUUUUUGGUUUUUUUCUUUUCUUUCAUCCUUUUUGUGCAUCACCAUGAACGAUUUGUUGUCAAGAUCCUUCUCUCUGGAGAAGGAUAAAAGCUAUGAAUCCAUAGACCUAGAGAUGGCUGAAAUGGACCCAGAGAAGAAUCUUGCACCAUUUUUCUCAGAGGUGGGAUUCAUCAAAGGAGAAAUGGAGCAGAUCAAACAGCUGCUGCUCAAAUUGAAAGAGGCUAAUGAAGAAAGCAAAACCAUCCACAAAGCCCAGGCUAUGAAGGCACUGAAAGAGCGAAUGGAGAAGGAUGUGGAGCAGGUUUUGAGGAGGGUUAAGGUUCUUAAGGGGAAAUUGGAGCAGCUGGACAAGGCCAAUGAGGCGAGCCGUAGAGUUCCUGGGUGUCAGGAAAAUAGUUCCACUGACAGAACUCGCAUGGCCACCACUAAUGGCCUCAGAACUUCUCUCAAGAAUUUGAUGGGGGAGUUUCAGAAGCUCAGACAGGCCAUCACCUCUGAGUAUAAGGAGACCAUUGAAAGAAGAUAUUUCACGGUUACUGGUGAGAAGGCAGACGAAGAGACAAUCGAACAUAUUAUAGAAACAGGGGAGAGCGAGAACAUGUUGCAGAGGGCCAUUCAAGAACAGGGCAGAGGUCAGAUAAUCGAAGUGAUCCGCGAGAUUCAAGAGCGACAUGAUGCAGUGAAAGACAUAGAAAAGAACUUGCUGGAACUACACCAGUUGUUUCUUGACAUGUCUGUUCUGGUCCAAACUCAGGGGGAACAACUCGACGACAUAGAAGCCCAAGUAGGGGCUGCAUCUUCAUUUGUUCAGAGAGGCACAGUGAAGCUUGCAGGAGCCAGAAAACUUCAGAAGAACACUAGAAAGUGGACUUGCAUAGCCAUAAUCAUACUUAUUAUCAUACUUCUCAUUAUACUACUUCCAAUACUGCUCAAAAAUUAAAUACACCCAUUCACAGUUGGAAGCCUAUAAUUUAGCCUUUGUAUUUGAAGAGUCUGAUGGUCAUGCCUGGAUUUGUCGCAAUUUAAUUCACUGCAGUAUUUGGUGCUUUUGAAUUAUUAUUUUUUAUUGUAUAGCGGUGGAAUAAGAGAUGAGAGGUUUGAUGAGCUUUGUGCUCUCUGUAGUAGUAAAAGAGAUUGGAGUUGUAAUAUAUUCGUGAUUGUGAUAUUUAUACAGUGGCUUUAUAUUCUAUUCA